AUGGCGCCCUCUUCCUGGUGGCUUUCAGUGGCCCUUGGCACCCAGCUUGGGCGAGCGCUCACCAUGCUCGACCCUAGUGAUGGGGUGACUUGCACCGACGUGGUGACCACCACCAAUCUUUUCGUCAACCCUUCAUUCGAAGACGGGCUGACAGGAUGGACAAAUUCAUAUGGCAUGACAGUCGUGACGUCUCCCGUGACAGACGGUUCGCACGCUUUACGUAUGAAUGCUGUCAACAACGCUUAUUCGAUCCUUCGUCAGACCGUGACAAGUCUCACCCCCGGCUCUACCUACACUGUAUCCUUCGACCUUCAAGCUUACACCAACCCGGCCUACAACUUACAACAAUCCUGUAUCUUUUACAUCUAUCAUACCAGCCUCAGUACGACAAACCUCAUCGUGACCGAUCGCAGAGUGGUCAACAAACAAAGUAACUCAUGGUUCACUCUCGAGGGCCAGUAUACAGCAACCUCCCCAAGUGAUGAGCUCGGGAUCUACACCACCUGCUCGCCAUACAACAACAACAACAACCUCUUCAGCCUGUUCCUGGACAACGCCAAGUUGCUCAGUACCACCACCUCUCAAUCUUGCACGACGGUGACCCCGACCCCGACCCCGACUCCAAGCACCGCAGUUCCUGUUGGCACUUCUCCCGUCUCAAUCCCAGCAAUUUCGACCCCUGCAGAGCCAUCGCCAACUUCGAGCUCUCCAGUCGUCUCGCCAUCGUCCACUCCUUCCUCAACCCCUGUUGUCGGCUCUUCGUCUGCCCCUGUUGCCUCCAGCACUCCUGUUGCCUCCAGCACUCCUGUUGCCUCCAGCACUCCUGUUGCUUCCAGCACUCCUGUUGCUUCCAGCACUCCGGUGGUCUCGAGCACUCCUGUUGCUUCCAGCACUCCUGUUGCUUCCAGCACUCCUGUUGCCUCCAGCACUCCGGUGGCCUCCAGCACUCCUGUUGCCUCCAGCACUCCUGUGGCCUCCAGCACUCCUGUUGCUUCCAGCACUCCUGUUGCCUCCAGCACUCCGGUGGCCUCCAGCACUCCUGUUGCUUCCAGCACUCCGGUGGUCUCGAGCACUCCUGUUGCUUCCAGCACUCCUGUUGCUUCCAGCACUCCUGUUGCCUCCAGCACUCCGGUGGCCUCCAGCACUCCUGUUGCUUCCAGCACUCCUGUUGCCUCCAGCACUCCGGUGGCCUCCAGCACUCCUGUUGCCUCCAGCACUCCUGUUGCUUCCAGCACUCCUGUUGCUUCCAGCACUCCGGUGGUCUCGAGCACUCCUGUUGCUUCCAGCACUCCUGUUGCUUCCAGCACUCCUGUUGCCUCCAGCACUCCGGUGGCCUCCAGCACUCCUGUUGCCUCCAGCACUCCUGUGGCCUCCAGCACUCCUGUUGCUUCCAGCACUCCUGUUGCCUCCAGCACUCCGGUGGCCUCCAGCACUCCUGUUGCUUCCAGCACUCCGGUGGUCUCGAGCACUCCUGUUGCUUCCAGCACUCCUGUUGCUUCCAGCACUCCUGUUGCUUCCAGCACUCCUGUUGCUUCCAGCACUCCGGUGGUCUCGAGCACUCCUGUUGCUUCCAGUACUCCUGUUGCUUCCAGCACUCCGGUGGUCUCGAGCACUCCUGUUGCUUCCAGCACUCCUGUUGUUUCCAGCACUCCCGUUGCUUCCAGCACUCCUGUCUUCUCGCCAUCGUCCACUCCUGCGUCAACUCCUGUUAUCGGCUCUUCGUCUGUCCCGGUGGCCCCUGGCACCCCAGUUGUCUCGCCGUCGUCCACUCCUUCCUCAACUCCCGUUGUCAACCCUUCGUCUGCUCCCGCGGCCUCCAGCUCACUCGUUUCAAGCUCGGCAAGCGUACCGGUCAUUUCAGGGUCCUCCAUCAUUUCGAAUCACCCUAGCUCUUCUGUCAUUACCUCUGUCUCGGUGAACCCUACCUCUGCUCCUUUGUCUUCCGGAGCCGUUGUCACUUCCGAGACAAAUGUUCAACCGACAGCUACCUCGUCGACGGGAGUGGCGGCUACUAGCCAAACCUCAAUCGGCUCUGUGAGUGCAUCAAUGGGUGUAUCAUCUGGUUCGUCUGCCGCUGGUUCGACUACCGCCGCGAGUGCAACUAUCACGAGCACCGGGGUGGCGAUGACCACUUCAACCGUCUACACCACCCGGACAUCCACCGUCACAGCUUGUCCUUCCACGGUCACAGACUGCCCAGCUCAGUCUCGGACUACCUAUGUGACCACUGAGACGAUCUACCUGUCCACCACAGUUUGUCCUGUCUCGGCAACUGCGACCGAGACCAAUGCCCAGGUGACUGCCACUGCCACUGUCACGGAGGGACCCGGCGGAUCUUCCCCGCAACAUUCUCAGUCAACCGAGCAAUUCACCACUUCCACCGUCUUCUCAACUCGCACUGCCACCGUGACCGCGUGCCCCUCCAGCGUCCGAAACUGCCCUGCCUCGGCCAAGACCACUUUCGUGACCACUGAGACUGUGGUCGUGUCUACUACUGUCUGCCCCAUCACAGGGUCUGUGGGUGCCACUGCUACUGCGACCGGCACAACUGACAUGGGUGCGUCCCCCGCUGCUUCAACCGCACCGGUGGUCUCUGUAUCUCCCGUCUUCAGCACUCGCACUUCCACCAUCACAGCCUGUCCGACCAGUCUGUCAAGCUGCGCAGCUACUGCCAUGACCACGCAGACCAAGACUGAGACCCUCCUGGUUGGCCAGUCCACCUACACCUUGUCCUCCAGCUCCACGGCAUCUUCGUCCACUCAUUCACUCGUAUCGACUCUUCCACCUCACGCCUCCGCUGCUUCCUCGCUCAGUCUGAAGAACACCUCAAUCGGCAUCAACCACCAGCAAGCCACCACCGUCUCCACUGUCCGCAGCCAGGGCAUGCAGACCUCAUCUACUCUUUCUCUGGCUACCCCCACCACUUCCACCACUACCGCUGCCACCGCCGCGACAGUCUCGCAGACCAACACUCCUUUGUUCUCCGGUGCAGGCUCCAUGUUCAACCACAUGAGCUGGGUUCACGCCCUUGCCUCUUUUGCCACUACUGGCCUUGCCCUUCUUUAUCUGUAA